AUGACCUCCCCACAACCUACCAAUAAGUCGGCCAGCCCUGCUCCGCCCUCCCAGAGUGCAAAUGUGCAUGCAAGCAACCAGAAAAAGCCUGCAGCGAAGGCUAAUGAGGAGGAGCACCGGGUGAUUGACGAGGUUUUGAUUGAGAACCUCUCCUCUCUGCGAACUGAUUUCGAGCAGGGAACCAUCACAUCGCUCACCCCAAGCGAUGUCGAGGCCAAUAAGUGGAUGGACGACAAAAAGUUCAAGAAACAAAAGGCUAUGACCAAAUUCGAGAUCAAGGAGCUGGUUUGGAUGGAGAUUUUUAGGAGGGCCAAGCAGGACAGCAGGCUCUCCGGCGUCAACGUCAAAAUCGAGACCCCCGGCUACUGGAAGAGGAGAUGGUACCAUCUUACAAGAGAUUGGUAUCAGCCUAUCGCUGAUGCCCGGAGCAAAUCUGGGCGCAACUUCUAUGACGGGAAGCUCCAGCUGUCCGAGGAGGAAUGGGAGGACAGGAUCAAGGCCAGUCCCGCCUACAAGAAGUUGCGGGAAACACCAUUCCACCAUUUCGACGCCAUGCAAUACAUCCUAGAUGGCCAAUCGGCGUCUGGCGUCAAUGCUGGUCCAAGAUUCCCCCGCUCGUCUGGUGAGACCCCUUCUGGCCCUUCAUCUCUCCAGCAAUCUCGCUCGCUCUCUCUUUCUCCUUCGUCCGUCCCUUCUGGCCGACGAGCAGCUCAGGACCACCGAGCCGAGGUCGUCAAUGUCAGCCAAAGGUGGAAAAGGCUUGAGAGAAAGCGAAAGGCAACAGAAGAGGGAGACAAUAGUGAAGACGAUCAUGACGGUUCUGAGGAAGAUGAGCAUGAAGAAGAGAGUCAAGUGGAUAAGAAGCAGAAAAGGGCGAGGCGUGGGUGGCCAAGGAAGAAGGAAGAGGAGGAUGAUCUGGACGAUGAUGGAAUGGCAAGGGCAGUUUUGGGGAUGCAGAGAUCAAUGGACAAGUACCUGUCAAAACAGGCGCAGGUCUCAAACCCUGGAAGUGUUCGACUGUCUACCAUCGCGAGCUGGUUGGAGAAGAGGGAGGACUUCGAGGACGCAACAAAAGCUAGGAUUAUGGCCAGGUGCUUGAAAGAUGAGGGCUGCGCUGAGCAAGUGAAGCUGUUGGCGAGUGGGUGCGAAUUGAAACUUCUAGAGAAUGCUAUCCUUGAGGAGAUCAGGAGUUGGUGA